GUUUGUUCUCUAUUUUUAAAGAGUUUCUUAUGUUUUAUCUCCCUCCCUGUUUUUAUAUUAUUUUUGCUUCCCUUCCCUCCUGUUCAUCUGUUCUGUGUCUUAACAGUAUGUUACUUUUUACAAAAAUUGGAUUGUACUCUACAACUAUUUUGCAACAUUUUUUUUCCCUCGCUAUUCCAGCCCUUCCCCCCACUUUUGACCACAGAAAUAUUUGAAUGAUUUAAGUAGUUUAACCAGGAGUUAAAAAUAACAGAACUAGGAGUGCCUGGUUAACCAGGGUGGCUCAGUUGGUUAAGUGCCCACCUCCUGUUUUUGGCUCAGGUCAUGAUCUCACGUUUUGUGAGUUCAAGCCCCGCAUUGGGCUCUGAGCUGACAGUGUGGAGCCUGCUUGGGAUUCUCUCUCUCCCUCCCUUUCUGCCCUCCCUCUGCUUGUGCUCUCUCUCUCUCUCUCUCUCUCUCAAUAAAUAAAUAAAUAAGCAUUAAAAAAAAAUAACAGAACCAGACCAACAGGGAAAGGACAGUACAUGGCAUAGGGAUAAGAAAGUAUGUGGAUCAGCCGUCUCUGUUACAGACAUGCUGCCUUGGUAUCUUAUACACCUGCUUGGUGUCCCCUAUCACAGUGUAAUGAUACAAUUAUUUGUAUGAUUUUUAUUGACCUCUGUUUCCUCCAUUACAUUGUCAACCCUUUGGACUAGGGAUGGUGGCCUGAUACCUAGUAGGUGUUCCAUAGAUGUUUACUGAAUAAAUACUUGAAUAAUUGAAUGUUGAGGAUUGAAUUCAAGGGAAUACCUGAUGUGGAAAUUAGGAAGAACUCAGCCAAGAGCUUUGGAUGUCAGAGCAUCGUUGGGGAGAUGUGUUUCAGCAAGGGUAUUGACCUUGUGCCUGGAGGACCAGCAAGGAAUGGCCUUCCUAACUCGAGUGUGCUACCGAAUGGGCAGUGCUGGUUUAGGAAGAGAGCUGGUGGAGGGAAGACCCAGGACAAUGGCUGCUGAUCGCGAUUUGGAGAUAGAGGAUGUGACUCUGCAUUUGGAUGGAGACAUGAAAGGAGAGCUGGAAGAAGAGAAGGAAAUGCGAGAGGAUGGGGGAGGUAAAGAUCCCUUCAAGAAUAAAAAGGUCCACAGGGUUGUCUCAAAAUGGAUGCUUCCUGAAAAGGUUCGAAGAACAUACUUGGAGAGAGCUAACUGCCUCCCACCCCCUGUGUUCAUCAUCUCCAUCAGCAUUGCUGAGCUGGCAGUGUUUAUUUACUAUGCUGUGUGGAAGCCUCAGAAACAGUGGAUCACCCUGGACACAGGCAUCCUGGAGAGUCCCUUUAUCUACAGUCCUGAGAAGAGGGAGGAAGCCUGGAGGUUUAUCUCCUAUAUGCUGGUGCAUGCUGGAGUUCAGCACAUCCUGGGGAAUCUCGUUAUGCAGCUCAUGUUGGGUAUUCCCUUGGAAAUGGUCCACAAAGGCCUCCGAGUAGGGCUGGUGUACCUGGCUGGAGUGAUUGCAGGGUCCCUUGCCAGCUCCAUUUUCGACCCACUCAGAUAUCUUGUGGGUGCUUCAGGAGGAGUCUAUGCUCUGAUGGGAGGCUAUUUUAUGAAUGUUCUAGUGAAUUUUCGAGAAAUGAUCCCUGCCUUUGGAAUUGUCAGACUCCUGAUCAUCAUCCUCAUAAUUGUGUCGGAUAUGGGAUUUGCUCUCUACAGAAGGUUCUUUGUCCCUGCAAAUGGGUCACCGGUGUCUUUUGCAGCCCACAUUGCGGGUGGAUUCGCUGGAAUGUCCAUAGGUUACACUGUGUUUAGCUGCUUUGAUAAGGCACUGCUGAAGGACCCAAGAUUUUGGAUAGCAAUUGCAGCUUAUUCAGCGUGUGUCUUAUUUGCUGUGUUUUUCAACAUUUUCCUGUCCCCAGCAAACUGACCUGCCUCUAGUCUAAGCCAAAUAAUGAAAAGAGCUAUCUGGGAAAAAAAACUGAAGUCUACGAAGAGACAGAGAAGUCCUUGCAAAUGCUAACAAUUUUUAUAAAGAGGUCAAAACAUGAUUCAAGUCAUCAGUUGCAAAGACUGUUUACAAAGGAAUCAGGGUUAGGGAAGGGGCUUCUGAAUGCAGAGGGAGGGAAAAGGAAGAGAGAAAAGGGGAGGGACAGAAAAAGCAGGGGUUGGCUCUUUCCAGACAUGCGGUGUGCAUUGUAUGUAUCCUCUAAAAGAGACUUGGUCUCCUUGGAGGAUAUGUUGUAGAGACUGCUUGAUAUAAUCCACAAAUACUGUACUGUGCUGAUAAUAAAAACUUUUCGUACCUGU